AUGGCUCAGUGUCUGCAUACGCAGCAAGGCCGUUGUUUGCCCGUGGAUGCUCUACAGCAAGCCGCUCCGCAGCCCGGCCCUGGCAUCAUCAGAGAUCCCAAUGGUCGCCGCCUGUAUCAGAGUGCCACUGCAUCCUACAUUCUCGUCACUCUAUCGGCAAUUAUGCCCGUGUGCGCGCUGUUCGUCACAUUCACGUUCAAGCCCCAGGGUCUAUUGAGCAAAUUACUGAACAGCAUUGUAGCGAGGGCGGGUUUGCUAGCAGGAUCUAGGUUACUAGAGAUGGCGCCGCUAGGGGUGGAGUGGUGUAGCGAUGAGGAGUUGAAAAAGGUAGAGGCGUUUGACGGGUUGGCAUUGAGAUUAAGAUGGUGCAUAGAGGGUGCCAAUGCGGUUAGGUCCGUCAUCAUAGCGCAAACAAGCCUCGUUCAACACAAGACCGCCAUCGAGCCCAAACCACUAUCACAAGUCAUAGAGGACCCAUAUACAACGCCUCAGAGUCCAACAUCAACACCUGGGAGUCAUCACCAUGCCGUAAGGCUGCUGUCAAAUUGGGUGUAA